UGCAGCUCGACUUGAAAAGUUGUUGACGUAAUAAACAAAGUAUGUGUACAUGACUGAUUGACUAAUGCGGUGCGUUUGAAAGGAUCAAUGCAUAACAAAGACUGCAUUGUUCAGUUGUGUUUGACUGUGAUUGGUUGUUACGAUCCCGUUCCGCAUCAACUGCAACGUUAUUCAUAGCAGUGAUUAAAAGAAGUUAAAAUGAUUCUGGCUGCUAAACAAAGUGACUCACAGCCCUUGAAAUUAUUAGAUACAAUUGCAAGAUUAAAAGACAAAACAGCUGAAGAUGACGACGAUGUUACCCCAAGAACCUUUCCAUGUGUGUGGUUAAAUGGAGAAGGAGUUUCACCAUCACCAAUUCCGAUUAUGGAAGACGAUACCUCUGAAAAUCCUGAAGCCGAAACAACAUCGUCAGAGAUAACUCCUCCGAAAGUAUAUAAAUGCGAUGAUUGCGCAUAUGCAACAAGACACCAGUCAAACUUAGCUGUUCAUAGAAGAACUCAUACAGGCGAACGCCCUUAUUGGUGUGGGGCCUGUGGAAUGCGAUAUACACAGGGUCAUCUGCUGAAAUCUCACAUUCGGUCAAGACAUGGAGCCCAAAUGAUUUAUUAUAAUUUGGAUAAAAGAACGGAUGUUUUAAAAAUAACAAGGCGAACUCCUCCCAUCCCACCUCCUAUAUCCUUGUUACCACCACCAACUUUUUUUCCGAACCCGUCUCUGGUUGAACCAAAAUUUUUUGGCGGACUAGGAUCACUUUUAACACCACCGUUUCUUUCCACAGACCAGUUUCCUGGGAGUAAGGGUGUAGAUCUAAUGUCCACACAUUCAGAAACUGAUUGUGAACAUGCAAGACGUCUCAAAUUUUUACGGAAAAAUGUUGUUCGAAUGCUUUCGGUUUUAACGCCUGAUUUGAAUUUAGAAAGGACUUUAAAACAUGACACGGACCAAGUUGACCGUCUCUUAGAAGACGUCCUUUCAUCGUCCAGAUUUUGA